AAAAGCAGCUAACCAAGCUGUUAAAACUAAAAUUUGGGCUUUGCUUGUGAAGGGUAUCUUUUCGUCAUUUAUUGGUCCACAAAACAAGACCGCGCCACCAGCCAACAACAUCCAACAUCCAACGAUCUCCAUCAAAGAUCCUAAGAUCCAAUAGAGAAGAUGUGGGGCGACCCUGAACGAGCCUUGCGACUGGACGCGUCGGACACUCUGUCCAUGCUACUGUUCCAGGUAGCCAGUCCUGCCCAUAUUCCUUGGAAUGAUCCUCGAUGGCAAGAGCUGCUACAUGGUUUUGAUGUGUGGGUGCAUGUCGAGGUUCGCGACGAUCCCGAGGGAGUCUUGCACCAGGCUUGUCAGAGUAUGGCACGUCACGCAGCCAACAACAGCAAUCUGGCAGCAUUGGCUCGUUUGGUGUGUCAAAUGCUGGACGAGUUGUGUCCACAGGGUCCACAGCAAACUCAGAUUGACCAGGUCGCCGAAUUUUCAGAGAGAAUUGCCAUUGUCGGCAAAGCCAGGGCGGCAGCGGGGACGCUCCAGCUGAUCCGACUCUUUAUUCAUCGCAUUGUUGUCGAAUACGCCAACCAACCUGCUGUACUGGUGGAUGUUUUUACCUAUCGGACCAGAGAUGCCUCAGAAAAAGACUCCAACAUGGGAAAGGAGUUGACGGCUUCGCUAUUUCGAUUCUUGACUUCCGACAAGAUUAGGGCAAAAAUCACUGAAGUCCCAGAAAUGUACGACACGGCAGUUCUAGCGCUCCAGUUAUUACUCGUCAUGCUGUCCACACAACUCUACCAACCAAUGCUGUCUAGCUUGCAAAAGUCACAACAACAAUCUCCACAAGUUGAUUUCUUUUUGGAUCUUUUAAUGGAACAAACCAAUCCCAACAACAACGGCAAAAGCUCACAUGCUUUAUCACCAGGGACCAUCCUCACGGCAUUGUUGGCCUGGCAAAUACAAAGACCCAGGGCACCCGAACGGUCCAUUGCUCGAUAUCAUUUCAAUCUUGCCCAGCAAGUCGUGGCAGCCAAGGGAGAAAAAGUCGGCCCUGAUGGCAUGUACGAAAGCAACUUGGUCGUGUCGGCUGCACAGACAACCAUCAGCAAGUCCAAUGACCAUUCCUCCUCCCGGUUGGGAGAUUCUUCUUCCCAUCUGAGACUCACCAACACAAACCAACCUUCGUUCUUGUUGGACGCCACCAAGGGUGUGUUGGUACAAGCAUCCACAAUCAUUCUGUUACCAUUUCGACUGGUCAGCUUGGCAUUGGGUCUAUGGGGACACAAGCAAAAGGGAUUCGAUACAUCGCGAGCCAAUCAUUACAAGUCGUCCAUGCAUCGAAACAGUCGCACGAGGGAUGUGCUCUGGAUCAGUGAGUCUCCCGUGGCUGAUUUGGCCAGUUGUUUGUUCUUAAUAUUGACCAACAAUCGUCGGGCGACCAAGACAGCACUGGGACCUUCUUCUCCACCAGAAAACAACGUCAACCAUAAUCCCUUUCGUGAGGAAUUGGCCACAUUGGCAGACAAUCGAUGGGACAGUGCACAUGCAGCGUCGACUCUUCCAGAUCUACCCGGUCCUAUGGGUGAUCAGUUGAACGAGAGUAUUUCGCUCCUGGAUUCAUUUGAGGCGGAAGGAAAACAAGAAUCGUUGCCGGGUUCAUCUAUGGUUGUCCAUCAUCAUCACCACAGCACCAUGACACUCAAUUUCGAAACGCUCUUUUCGUCUUUUGAGGCAAACCUCCACACAGAAGUAGGGGCUCUUCUGUUAUACACUCUGCUACAAUCAUCACAGGCAUUUUCACAAACGAUUGCCGUUCGUUCCGAUUUGGAUACGCUUGUGCUCCCUCUACUGAGAACCCUCUACUUUUCUUCUUCUUCUCGGCAUGUGUCCGCUCUGGACUUUCAAUCGAAGGGCAGCACAGUUGGUGACAAAGACAAAAACGGAAAGAAUGGCGGAGACAAUAACGGAAAGCAACAAUCCUCUAUUCGGACCAUGCCAUUCCGGUCGCCAUCGCAACUCUAUGUCAUUGUUAUUCUCCUGCUGUUGUUUUCGCAAGAUCCGUCGUUUGGAUCGGAUGCCUUUCGACGUACCAUGGUUUCAAGCGUUCCCUGGUACAAAGAACGGUUCCUCAAGGACAUUUCACUCGGGUCUGUGGUGAUUCUGGCCCUCUUGCGCAAUCUGACAUUCAAUCUGAAUCGGCUCCACGACUUGUUUUUGCUGAGCAACUGUUGCGCUGUGCUUAUGAACUUGUCACAUUCCGUUGUGGAUCUUCACGAGUACGCGGCAAUGCGCCUUGCAUCAGUGACUGUAUCUUGUCUCAAAAAGUAUGUCGCAUUAGCUGCUGAGGAAGAAAAGAACGGGGGAGAUGAAAUCGAAGAUGAUGCAGCAGCCCAACUGGACAUGUAUUCCGAAGUGUCUCAUACCCUUCUACGGCUCUUGAAGCAUGCUUUGGCCCAAAAGAACAUUGAAAGGAACCUUCAUUUGGCCUAUGCAUUGGUCUAUCACCAAGCUGACUUCAAGAAGAUUUUCUCCAUGAAACAUUCACCCUUCAAAAAGUCAGAAAUCAACCGAAUCAGCAACCUCAUCAAAACCGCAUCAAAGAUUAUAGAGUUUGAACGGUCAGCGUCCAAAGCAUUACAGGUGCUGUCAGAGAACAUGGACCAACUGAAAGAGGCGGUGGCCGAGAAACGAAAGAAGAGCUCUGAAAAGGAGGAUUUCGCGUUCACCUACGAAGAAGAAUCCGACCCUGAAAUCUUUUUCAUCCCGUAUAUUUGGGAAGUCGCUGUUUGCGCUGUGACUGCCAGCUCCCUGGAAUGGCAAAUCAGCGACAUUCAAGUAUUUCCACUCCUUGAGGAGGAAUUGCCCCCAAGCGAUGUUGCAGUCGACAGCCCAGGAGCCGAAGCCAGUCCCAUGUCUAAUGUUUUUGCCAACGACGUCAUGGACGUGGUUUGACUUGAGCACGAUCGAGUCAAUCAACAAUUCACCCGCUGUAGAGUGCAACGACUUGGCAGUCCGUGGAGAUACCGUACCGGUACUGGUACCAUGUCGGGCGAGCUGCAUAGGGAUGCAAACUGACCGGACGGAGCGACCGAUUUGAAUGUUAGCUCAAACGAUGCGGAUGAAAAGCGUCGUUACCACGAUCACGAACUUGGCCAAAUCCUUUGGAAAAGACCUUUCUACGGUACUGACAAGAACCAGCGUAGACAACCAUUUGCCACAACCUACAACUACCGGUACGGUAUCCAGGAACGGCAAUCUCGACAAGCGCUCAAACCCCUGGUACUAUUUCACGGCGGUAAUGUCUGAACAAAGAGGAAGUUAGCGUUUCAAAACAUAGAGAUUGUAGCUGAGGUCAGCAUUCUCGUAGGCUCCUUUGCGCAAGGAAUUUGCUCUUUGGGUGGAUGUUGCCGAAUGCGACAGGAGGACCAUUCGUAGCCAAGCCCCUAGCUUUUUCCCCCAAAUCUCGUCUUGGUCUCCUCUUCGCUGUAGCACGUAUCUGAGCACGAGCAAAGAUCGAAGCAUGAGUUUCUGGUAGGUGUCCAACAAGAAGCGCCAAACUCGCACUGCUGUGUACGAAAAGAGAAUAUUGGAUUCUGUCCUAGGUAGGGACACAUCAAUGUGAUCCGGCAGCAACUCGAAUUCCAAAGUCAACUCUCUUGCUUCUAGCAUUUUGAACCCAGUUGCCCGAAAGAGCUCCACCCACUGCUCAUGGCUCAGUAUGGAGGGUCGCAUGAGUGCCUGACGGAACAAGUUUACCUUUAGCUGCGAGUUGUGAAAACCAGGGUCGGUCGGAUCUUUAGGAAGCACAAUGUCAUCUACCAAGAUCAGGAUUCCACUGAAUGUAUGCACACCAACAACAUACGUGAGCACCAUUUCAUCCCUGCUCGUCAUUUCAAACAAAAAACAUACAAAUGGCAUGGAACUUACCCCUUUCGAAGAGCCCCAAACAUAGCAUGAAGCAGUGGCUUGAGUUUCUUUUCUUCCGCAAAGGAGAGUGAUUCAAUUGCCAAAAUGACAUCAUAGCUUUGUUUGACCUUCAAUUGCGGUAGUGGUUGAUCCGACACUAGGUUUCCAAAGGCAAAGCUUGCAUUGACAACCUCUUCCAUUCCCUGCAGAUAGGAAGCAGCAAGGUCUUUGGCCCGAGCAACCUCGAGUGGCCCUAAUGUGAAUCCAGUGUAGUGUAGCAUGGGUGGUUUGGCUUGACGUCGUCGAGGACGCGUGGUGGGCGUUGGUUGUACGUGAUACUGCCCCAUGAGUGGCAGUAUCGAAUACAAGCUGGCACCAAAUCCAGCGCCAACAUCUAGCACAGCCUUGUUGUUUUGGGCAGAAUCAAAGUUUUCUGCAAAUUGUUCAAUAGACUGUCGAACAAUCUGAUUGACGACCGUCUCUUGUGCGUAUAGUUCCUCUCGAGUGAUUUGGGAUUGAAAGGGCACUGGUUUGAUUCCCAUGACUUGGUCCAUGGUGAGAGUUUCGUUGAUGAGCUGCAGGUGCAUGGAGUAUUUGCUCGGAUUGCAGAUUCGUAUUUCUGGAUCUGUUUGUUGUGGUACAUUGCAAACCAAGGCGUCCGUGGCAAGUUCGUCGCUUUGAAAGCCGUCAUUGUAGAGCACGUGAAAGGCGGUGGUGUCGACAAAAUGACAGGUUUGUUGGACACUUGGUUGUGGGAGAGUGGAACAAAGCCAUUCAUCAGUAUCUUUCAAGUUCUCCAUCUCAUCCAAUACUCGCGACAUUCUCUUGACGACAAAAGCUGUAAGGCUAAAGAGCGCAAUCACUGGCGUCAUGAAGAGGAGGAAUCGCUUGCGGCGUUUCUUUCUUCGUACUUUUUGAAUCGCUUGAGAACGACAGCCUUGACAAUAUCGCAAUAGAUCUGAAGAAGUGACAGUGACAACCUUGUUCUUUUUCUUAUUGCCUUCUACUACUGCAGCUUGGCCACUGGCUGUCACUGCUUGCUGCUGCUGCUGCUGUAGUAGCAGUUGUUGUCUCUUGUUGUCAUGGACUCUUCGUUUGCUGGCAUAGCCACACAAUCCGGAUAAGAUGGUUGGGGUAAUGGCAACAUUCUUGGGUACCAAGGACCUCCUCCGCCUCCAGAAUAGACGAAACCACGAGAGAUUGAUACGGCGACUGUCUC